GCAAGCAUUAAAAAUCAUCACUUUGUUAUUCCAGCUCACAGCUAUGUGGCCUUCAUGAAUGCUGCCUUUAUCAUAGGACUAGGUCCUAUUUCCUAUACUAAAGGAAUACAGCAUAUUUUUCUAUUGGGAUGACUUCCCACCCACCCCCAUCUAUUCUUUUUUUAAGGAAAAAAACCCCGAAGUAUUAGUGAUCUUGCAUGAUCACAAUAUGCAGCACAAUGCUUUAUAACAGUAAAGCUUCUGGAAAACCCAAACAAAAGAGACGUCACCAUGUGACGUCAGCCUAUAUACAGUUCUGUGUGGUCGCAGCACAUAAGCAAAUCCAUUCUUGUACCGUUUCUCGGAAAAGCUUUUCAGUAAAUGCACUCAUGCUACUACAGGAGCUUCUCGCUGCAAUAAGCUACCCAUCUGCCAUCAACAAGUUAAGACUAAGAGAACUAACAGCUGUGCAAAAGGACGACCAAAGCUUCAAUUAAACAGCUGAACAGACGCAAGAGGAGAAAAAUAAAACUUAUAUUCAGUACAGAUUCAAGAAUUACAACAUUGUCACAGAAAAUCAAGCCAAUGAAUUCAAAAGGAAUAUCCUAAGGGGAAAAAAAUAAAGCCUAGUGGACUCAAUUUUACCCUGAUAUCCUAGGAUACUGAAAAAGAGUAAAUUAUUCAAAGGCUACUGAACGUUCGAGCCUUUUUCAGACUUACUGCUUUGAGUCUACGACUGAAUGCAACCUCCAAUGUGCUCAAAAGAAUGGGCUUACAUUUCAAGUGGCCAUUAGGGGCUCCUAUGCUGGCAGCGCUAUAUGCAAUGAGUGUGGUUUUAAAAAUGCUGCCUGCCUUGGGCAUGGCUUGUCCACCAAAAUGCCGCUGCGAGAAGCUGCUCUUUUACUGUGACUCUCAGGGGUUUCACUCAGUGCCAAACAACACUGACAAGGGCUCUCUAGGUUUGUCACUGAGGCACAAUCACAUUUCUGAACUUGAAAGGGAUCAAUUUGCAAGCUUCAGUCAACUUACUUGGCUCCACUUAGACCAUAAUCAAAUUUCAACAGUUAAAGAAGAUUCUUUUCAAGGACUCUAUAAACUUAAGGAAUUAAUCCUAAGUUCCAACAAAAUAUCUUACUUACCAAACACAACUUUUAGCCAACUGCUUAACCUGCAAAAUUUGGACCUAUCUUUUAAUCAGUUAUCAUCUCUGCAUCCAGAACUGUUCUAUGGCCUUCGGAAGCUGCAAACCUUACAUUUGCGUUCCAAUUCCCUGCGGACCAUUCCCGUUCGCCUUUUCUGGGACUGUCGUAGUUUGGAGUUUCUGGAUUUGAGCACAAAUCGUUUGAGAAGUUUGGCUCGCAAUGGAUUUGCAGGAUUAAUCAAACUGAGAGAGCUUCACCUAGAGCACAACCAGCUGACAAAGAUUAAUUUUGCUCAUUUCCUACGGCUAAGCAGUCUGCACACACUCUUCUUACAGUGGAACAAAAUUAGCAACUUGACAUGUGGGAUGGAGUGGACCUGGGGCACCAUAGAAAAGCUUGAUUUGACUGGAAAUGAAAUCAAAGCCAUCGAUUUCACAGUGUUUGAAACCAUGCCUAAUCUUAAAAUACUUCUAAUGGAUAACAACAAGCUAAACAGCCUGGAUUCCAAGAUCUUAAAUUCUCUCAGAUCCUUAACUACAGUUGGCCUCUCUGGCAAUCUGUGGGAAUGCAGCCCCAAAAUAUGUGCACUGGCCACAUGGUUGAGUGGUUUCCAAGGUCGGUGGGAGCAUUCAAUACUGUGCCACAGCCCAGACCACACCCAGGGAGAGGAUAUUCUAGAUGCAGUUUAUGGAUUUCAGCUUUGCUGGAAUUUAUCAACUACUGUCACUGCCAUGUCUACAAGUUAUAAAGAUCCAACCACUGAAUACACAAAAAGAAUAAGCUCAUCAAGUUACCAUGUGGGAGACAAAGAAAUCCCAACUACUGCAGGCAUAGCAGUUACUACCGAUGAACACUUUCCUGAACCAGACAAUGCCAUCUUCACUCAGCGGGUAAUUACAGGAACAAUGGCUUUAUUGUUUUCUUUCUUUUUUAUUAUUUUUAUAGUGUUCAUCUCCAGGAAAUGCUGCCCUCCUACUUUGAGAAGAAUUAGGCAGUGCUCAAUGAUUCAAAACCACAGGCAACUCCGAUCCCAAACACGACUCCAUAUGUCAAAUAUGUCAGAUCAAGGACCAUAUAAUGAAUAUGAACCCACCCAUGAAGGACCCUUCAUCAUCAUUAAUGGUUAUGGACAGUGCAAGUGUCAGCAGCUGCCAUAUAAAGAAUGUGAAGUAUAAUACCUACAAGUCAUCAAAAAUUACAUCAGAUAAGUAACCUAUUUUAAAUUGUAGGGGGCUAAAUAUAUAACUCUAAUUUUUACAAAUGGUGACAUUAAGCCUAAUUUUCCAAAACAAGUGGAGACAUAGUUUUUGAAGUGGUGAAGUAUUUUUUAUUUUUAUUUUUUAAAUGGAACCAUAUUUUAAAUGUUAAAAGAAGCAAUGAUCACAUUACUUUGCACUCCUAUUUGAAAAUCUAAAAAUGCUCACUUCAAAAUAAUGUAAGAAGUUUCAUGUUAUGUAAUUAUACCAUCAUGUGUAAACAUUUAUACUAAAGUCUCCAAUGUGCUACUUUUUCUACUGAAAAUAGUCUAGAAAGAAAGAAGUGAGCAUGAAAGAAUACAGAUCGUAAUCUGUUCCACUGUGGCUAUCUGAUCUCAUGUAUUACAGCUGGCUCACUAACUAUAAAGGAAGACUUAAUGAAAGAUUUCAUAUGUGAUUGUAAUUUGAUAUUGACUCAGAUCUAUAGUCAACAGUCCCAUCUAAGUGGAAUUUUGCAUAUAAUGAGAAAUGGCCCAUUUAAAAGCCUCUUUGCCCAAGUCUAUCCACAGUCAUUGCCUAGGUUAGUGGGUAUAUGUCAAAGCUUACAUUACAAAUUCAGAACAUUUUAUAUAAUUUGAAUGGGCUUGGUUCAGAUGCUUAAACAAAGAUUCAACUGAUUAUGAAAUAGUCUCAUUAUGGUUAAAUCAAUACUAAAUAAUUACACAGAAUCAUUAGGUUUCUGGUUUGACUUUUACAAAUCUUUUUGUGAAAUUAGACAAUUACUUAAAAUGGAGUGGUAAAGUGGCAUUUCCAUACUAAUGUACUCAAACUGACAUUUAAGUAUAAAUGAAAAACCAAGAUUAACUGGGGGUUGGGGGCUGAAGAGAGGGGAAAACCACAAAUGAGUCAAUGCCAUAAUCCCAUGACAUUCUUAAUCCAGCCAGAAGGCUAAUUCACAUAAUGCUGUUAACCACUUUUCCCAAGAGAGGGGGUUUAAACUCUAUACCCAUCCUUUUGCCUGCUUUUAAAUCAUUAAAGAACAUUUUAACUAACUGGCUAGCAAGAUGUUAGGAUACAAAUCAUCUAGAAAAUCACUUCUUAAAAACACUUAUGAUUAAGACAGAUCUUUUUAAAGAACAGCCUUUUAUUUAAAGCAUUCUCAGAAUAAAGGUGAAUGUUACUUAAAAGUAACCUGUUCUGUCAGAAAAACAUGUUUAUACCUAUGAAGCUACCUUGGUACCAAUGGUAUGAGGUAAAGAAAAUUCAAACAUUAUAGAAUCUGAAUGGCUCAAAAAAGAACUGGUAAACCAAAGUUAUCAAGCAGGCAAAAUUGGGAUGGAUAUGGACAGUCAAAUAUACUGAUGCACACUGGUGAAUACAACACCAUAGAAUAAUAAUGGUUUACAUACACACAGGUGAAUUUUUAAAAACCCAAUAAUUCAGUGGGUUAAUAUAGUUUUAAACAAUUUAGUGAUUACUGGGAACUAAUGGUAUCAAACUUCUCAGACAGAAAAGACUUGCCUAUUGUUUUAACUUCAGUUUUGAUAGAAAACAAUUGGUAGGAAAAUUGGGUUUUAGAGGCCAAUUCCAAAAUCAUAUUUAAAAUUUUUCUCAUUAACUAAAUAUGAUAUAUCUGUAAUCAUAUGCAACUGUAGGAUCAAAUCACCCAUUUGAUUUAAAUGUGUUUUAUUUUUUAACCCACAAAGAGAUGCCCGAACUCUAUCCCCCAGAACAGCCAAAAGUUUUCCUUUUAGUCCUUCAAUUAGAGUAUCUACUGGCAUAAUAUUCUUCAAUGAGGACAGUUUUUCCUAUCAGGAAAAUGGAAUGUCAGACUACACUGGUGUGCCUAUCUAAUGGAAUUAUUGUACUCUGGUUAACCAUUAUAGCCUUCUGGAGUAAGAUAGAGGCUUGCAUACCUUGUGCCCUCCCACCCCCUUUUCCCUCCUAUGUCAUUAAAGGAACAAAAAGAUUAUAAAUUAUGGUGUAAUACAAUUGCCUUUUGGAAAGAUACAUUUAAUAUGGUUAAAGCCAUAUUUUCUUACACUGAAGCUUAUGCCUUGCUCAAAUGCUGUGCAGCAAACAAACAUCACCUCAUUUCUUGUUAAAUCAUAUACUGCAUUUGCCUGUAUAAGUGCAAAAGCUGAUUUUACAAGAUAUGCAAGAAAGCACUAGUCACAAAAAUCAGGAUCAGAACUUGACUGGAUAAAAUACCAGCUCAAGGACUAACAUCCAACGCUGUACCUAAGGGGCAACCAUAGUUGUUUUGUUAUUUCUGAUCAUGACAAGUUGCUCUAGGCACAAUGAAGGCUUCAUGUAUGGUGAUGAGUAAUAAGAAUAUUUGUAAUAAUUUUGAUCACAAAUUAGCAGUUAGUUGAAACUGGUUUUCUUAAGAAACAGCACAGAAAUCCCAAAAGACAGAGAAAGCAAAUGAGCUAUCCACAGGUUAAAUUCUGAGAACUGACAGGAAAAGCUGGUUCUGUAACCUCUGAGGAAUAGGAUGUGCAAAAGACCACCAAGAGGCACUUUUCAAGUGGAUCGUAAAAAGAUAAAAAUUAUUCAUCUUUUUUUUGCCUUUUGUAAAGAAUGGAAAGAAUGUGAACAACCAAACCAAAUACCUAUUUUCCUUCUUCACUAAUGAGCGCCUUCCUUUUCCUAUAACCCACAGAAGGCAUGAAAAUCUAUUUAAUUUUGAUCUCUUUAUGCUUCAGCACCAGAAAUUAGGUUGUUAUUCAUCUGUGCUCUCUCUUUACAAACUGACUAUUGUCAAACAACAGCUCAGUAUUUUGUUAAUUGAAGUCAAAUGACUAUUUUUUUUGUUAAUUUCUCCUACACAGAAAGUUUUAUAUCAUUUUUACUACAUAGUCACUGAAAACAAAAUUGAACCUUUGGUAUGAUGUUAUACCCACCCAGUAGCCAGGAACCCAGUAGUCAGGAACCAUUUAUAUACAUGGCUUGAUCUUGUUAGAAUUAGAACUUUACAUGGGAUUUCUAUCACUUAUUGAAAAGGAAAAAAAGCCAGUAUAAUUUACAAAUUUAUAAAGCUGAGCUAGAGAGAGCACUCACUGCCAACAAUUGAAGGCAAAGAUUCUUGUUUUCUAAGCCAGAAAUCUGCACUAACAUUCAUAAUUUCCUACUGUGCCUAAGUUAAUUUUUGCACCAGUUUAAUGAAUAGAAAAUUGAUUAAAUCUCUCAAUUUCAAUAAUUAUAAAACCCAUCUGCUUACUCUAAGACCAUGCAGACCUUGGGUUUUUUCAGGCUUUCCUUGAUCCUUCCAAAAAAACAUUCCCCUGUUGAAGCAAAGAGGUCUUAAAUCUAAAAUUUAACACUACAGAGAAUACAAUUUUUAAGGCAUACUUUCUGAAAUAAGGAAUAGUGAUCACAAAAGUUUUAUUGUAUCUCUGAACCUACAUAAAAUGUAACACUCCUAUCAUCAUUUUCCUAACACACCAAUAUAGUUAAGGGUAGUUUUCAUAUCUUAUUCGAUAAGUAACUGAUUGAGAGGUAAAGCAUAGAACACUGGACAAAUAAAAGUCCACAUCUAUCUAACCUGAGACAAAUUCAUGAUCUAAUAAGGCCAAAACCAAAUAUAAAAAUGACUGUUUAAGCUUUCAUACUGAUGAUGUAAACAUCUGAAAAGCUCCAUCUGUUACUCUUUUCAACUAAUCUUUGUUCCCUUAGUGAUAAAAGUCCACAUAUAAGGAAUGCUAUAGUAAUUUUUUCUAUCAAUAAUGAACCUGGAGACUAAAAAGUGCAGCCCAAAUGCAUUGUGUUCAAAUCACUUCUGAGAGCCAUUUUGGGGAUAUGGGUGGGGACAGUAGGGAUAUAACCUGGGGUGAGGGAGCAGGGGAAGGGAGGGCUGGGGGAGGAAGGGAAAAAUAAAGUGCAGUGUACAGGAAAGUUUUGCUAUUAAAAUUGUGUAUACUGUAA